AUGAUUGAACUUGAUCAAUUCUUUGCAGACAUCAGCGACGAAAUUGCCAAGGAGUAAGUGUAUCAAAAGAAAGGAAUUGUGGACGACGACGAUGGAGAAAAUUCCAUUUUGGAUCUGAAACAUUUCAACUAACAUUUGCCUUCCAGUGUCAGCGAUAGGGCGUCAUUGCAAGAUCUCGAGCAUAGAUUCGACUUGUCGCUCAUCCCGUACCAUUCGAAAAUCAAUUCAUGGACGUCUACAAUUCCAACCGAGCUCAACGAUGUAUUCAAAGAGACGUUCAAUUUUGAGGAGGAGCUAAAGACGAACCUCGCCAAGUUCAACACGGAGUUGUCCGGGUUGGAAUGCAAGUCGAGCCAAAGGGAGAGUUUGUCCAACAAGUUUGUUCAGGAUUCGAUAUUUGUUGUUCUCUCCAACCGCUAUUUCUGGGUGCUUGCCAUGGCGUACACUACUGCGCCAAUCACGAUCCAUGUGGUGACGAGUGGCGACAAUUGCGGCAUUGUGGCGACUCCCAAGGAGAUAUUCUCCGCCUUGGGCGUGAACGACAUCAACUAUCAGUCGUAUUUGCUUGCUCUUUUGAAGUUGACAGAUGUACUAGUUGACUACACUACAGCCACCGUGAUUAACCAGUCCAUUGGCUCGGAAAACUCAGCAUCGCCAAAUUACACGUUGGGACUCAUCAAUCUGAACAUUGUGUCCAAGUUGCAAAACGGCUUCCUGCUCUUGGACUUGAAAAAUGAUGCGCUCAGAAAGAGGUACGACGGUUUGAAAUACAGCUCGCAAAAACUAAAUAAGAUUGUUUACGAUUUGUCGCUUCGAAAUUUGAUCACCACCACAGCAGACAUUCUAUAA